AUGGAAACGACUGGGUUCACCGAAAAUCAGUUGACCGUUCGAGAAGCAGUCAGCCAAGUCUGCUCAGAGUUUCCCAACACCUACUGGCAAGAGCACGACCAGAACGAGCAAGACCCAAAAGAGUUCCAUGCGGCUCUCGCCAAGGACGGAUGGCUUGGCAUUGCUUUGCCAGAGUCGCUCGGCGGCUCCGGCUUGGGCAUCUCCGAAGCGACGAUGAUGAUGCAGACCAUCACCGAGUCUGGAGCCGGCAUGGCCGGCGCGCAGUCCAUCCACGCCAAUGUCUACGCGACGCAGCCGUUGGCAAAAUUCGGAACCCAGGAGCAACUCGAGAGCAUCAUCCCCAAGAUUAUUUCCGGAGAGUGGAGGACGUGCUUUGGUGUGACGGAACCCAACUCUGGCCUCGACACUCUGCGACUUGCGACAACGGCAAAGAAGCAGACGGAUGGAUCGUACCUCGUCACUGGUCAGAAGAUCUGGAUCACCUGCGCGCAGGUGGCAUCCAAGAUGAUCCUUCUCGCGCGCACCAAGGCGUACGAGGACUGCAAGAAGCCGAGCGAGGGCCUGUCGCUUUUCUGCAUCGACAUUGACAAGUCACAGGCAGGACUGGACAUGCGCAAAAUUAAGAAGAUGGGCGGCCGCGCCGUUGAUGCCAACGAAGUAUUCUUCGACAACUACCACAUCCCCGCGAGCUCCCUCAUCGGCGAAGAGGGUCAGGGCUUCAAGAUCAUCCUCCACGGGAUGAACGCCGAGCGAUGUCUUCUUGCCGGCGAGGCUCUCGGGUUGGGGUAUGCAGCACUUACAAAGGCAUCAGAGUACGCGCGUGAGCGCGUGGUUUUUAAGAGGCCCAUUGGUCAGAACCAAGCCAUUGCGCAUCCCCUGGCGGACGCUUACAUGAAGUUGGAGGCGGCGAAGCUGGCGACAUAUCACGCCGCUCGGUUGUAUGAUGCAAGCAAGGAGGACUCGUCCAUCCGCCAAGACCAAGUUGGAGUUGCGGCAAAUAGCGCAAAGUAUCUGGCUGCGGAAGCGGCGUUCACGGCGUGCGAGCGUGCGGUGCUUACACAUGGAGGCAUGGGUUAUGCGGCCGAGUACGAUGUCGAGAGGUAUCUCCGAGAGAUCUUUGUACCAAGGAUAGCGCCUGUAUCCCGCGAGCUGAUCUUGUCGUACAUUAGCGAGAAGGUUUUGCAAUUGCCUCGCAGUUACUAG